AUGGUGGUGUCAUUUUUGGAUUUGCUGUGUGGAUAUUACGGUGUUCAGAUGCCACAGACAGUGCCCCGGUCCGGGUUUAGCCCGCCCUCAGCGUCACAGAGCGAAAGAGCGGUACCAGCCUCACCUUCAGAUAUACAUCACCUGUUACGCCUCCUGGGCGCUGAAUCCCCACCGGAGCCCAUGUUACAUUCCCCUCCGAUACACAACAAGCCACCGCCACCCUACCCGGAAGACAACCUGCUCGAACGCCUAUACGAUUUCGAGACAUACUCCACACCUUCCCCCACAUCAGACGAAUCGUCUAUCCCUACAGUUGCCCUACAACCCGCGUCACCCUACAAUUUCCAAUAUUCCCCCGUGUUCAUAAAAGAAGAACCUAACAGACUGUCAAUACCGGAAUUCGCUUCACCCUACCCUCUAUCCCCUUCGGGAUCCAGCGUCUCAUAUAGCAGUUACAACCAAUACUCCUCACCGGUGCCUCAGCACGAGGAAUAUAUAGACAUAGAGGAACUGCUAAAAGAGAACCAAAUACUGCAAGACAGUGUUCAGCAGUACAUAAUACCCAAACUGGAGUUGGAAGAGCCGAGAGACCACAUUCUGUUAAGAUCAGCUCUGGAAGACACAACAUUCCAGAAGAGGCACAAUUUGAGGCCGAUACCUAUCGAGCUAGGAGCCGUGAAAAUGGAAGAAAGCAGCGGUGGAGACGACGCCUUAGCAGCACCAGAUAUAGACCGAGUGCUUUCUAUGGCGAUUGAGCAAUCGAAACGCGAUGUUGACAACACCUGCACGGUGCUCGGCAUAUCACCAGAUCCCAUGCACUGGAGCACGAGUGAUGUCAAAUCAUGGGUGAUGUUCACAGUUCAACACUACAACCUUCCAAUGGUGCCCACAGAAUACUUUUCAAUGGACGGCCCAGCUCUUGUUGCUCUCAGCGAAGAAGAAUUCCACCAGAGGGCGCCCCAGGCUGGAAGCACAUUGUACGCUCAACUGGAAAUCUGGAAAGCAGCAAGGCACGAAAGUUGGAGAAGCACACCAUGGACGGAACAAGAGCAACCCUCGCCUAAGCCAGCUCCUGUCGGUCUACCUUCCGCUGAAGACACAAGUGAUGAUGAAGAUUCAGAAUCAGCCGGUACAAGUUUGAGCCAGGGAGGUGGCAAAGUUAAGACAGGAAGCACCCACAUUCACUUAUGGCAGUUCCUGAAGGAGUUAUUGGCGUCGCCCCAUGUACACGGAUCAGCAAUUCGGUGGUUAGAUCGAAGUAACGGGGUCUUCAAAAUUGAGGAUUCAGUGCGCGUCGCCAGACUGUGGGGGAAGAGAAAGAACAGGCCGGCUAUGAACUACGACAAGCUCUCCAGGAGCAUCAGACAGUACUACAAGAAGGGCAUCAUGAAGAAGACGGAGCGGAGCCAACGGCUCGUGUACCAGUUCUGUCACCCGUACUGCUUGUAA